GAAGUUGCGAAAAUGAAUAAGUCAGUCUUAAUCAUUAAUACCACCAUCUUUCUCCUCUUUUUGCUCUCUCUCCCCACCAUCUCUCACUCACAACGUUGCAACAAAAAUGACGAAAAAGUCCUCUUCCAAAUCAAGAAAUCCCUUGGAAACCCCUACCUCUUGGCCUCUUGGCAAAAGACUUUGGAUUGCUGUGAAUGGUACAAUGUGGAAUGUGACGCAAACACCAGCCGUAUCAUCGCCCUCACCAUCUUUUCCGGCAACAUCUCCGGCCAAAUCCCAAAGGAAGUCGGUGACCUCCCUUACCUCCAAACCUUAGUCUUUCGAAAACUCACAAACCUCACCGGAGAAAUCCCAUCGGCGAUUACUAAACUCACCCACCUCACCAUGCUCAGACUAAGUUGGACUAACUUGUCUGGUCCUGUACCUUCGUUCCUCAGCCAACUCAAAAACUUAGAUUUCCUUGAUUUGUCCUUCAAUGAUCUCACCGGCUCUAUCCCGCCGGAGCUUGCAACCUUGACGAAACUAAAUGCCCUUCACCUAGAUCGGAAUAAACUCACCGGAGUCAUCCCUGAUUCAUUCGGAAGGUUCACCGGAAACGUCCCGGAUCUUUACCUGUCACAUAACCAGCUUACCGGAACAGUACCCAUAUCUUUAGGGUACUUAAAUUUCACCACCAUCGAUUUCUCUCGUAACCAGCUGACCGGUGACUUGAGCAUGUUUUUUGGAACAAACAAGACGAUUCAAAUAGCUGACUUUUCGAGGAACAGUUUCGAGUUCAACCUCUCGCAGGUAGAGUUUCCGGCGAGCUUGACGUCGUUGGAUUUGAAUCACAACAAGAUAUACGGGAGUCUGCCGGCGACUUUGACGGGACUAGAUUUGCAGUAUUUUAACGUGAGUUACAAUCGGCUUUGUGGAAAGGUUCCUCAAGGUGGGGAAUUGCAGAAGUUUGAUAACACGUCGUAUUUUCAUAACCGGUGCCUGUGCGGGUCGCCAUUACCGGCCUGCACCUGAAGUUAUAUUGGCUCCGUCGUGUUGGAUUGAAAUCAGCCUAAUAAAAAUCUUCAGGGAUUGCGUUUGUCAAUUCUAAAAACAUGGAGGUUCAAGGGUAAAUUUAUAAAGGAUGAGGGGCUUAAAAGCAAAUUAAAUAAGUAGAGCAGUAAAAAUAAUAUGGUUUUGUAUUUAAUCAUUCUACACCAAACAAUUUCAUUCCGUUGUAUUAUUUAUAUCAUGUUUUACAUUAAUCUGUUUAUCAAACGUUUAUCCGAAAACUUUUUGUAAGGUCAUCUAUCUUAUCAAAUAAAUAUGACAUAAGAAUUGAGAAUCUUA